UUGCGUUGAAUUUGAAGAACUGCAAACACCUGGUUAAUCUUCCAGAAAACAUAUAUUUGUUGAAAUGUCUUCUAAUUGCUGACUUCUCUGGCUGCCCAUCUAUCAGCAGGCUUCCUGAUUUUUCGAGGAAUAUAAGAUACUUGUACUUGAAUGGAACUGCAAUAGAAGAACUGCCAUCUUCAAUUUAUGGUCUAAGGGAACUCAUUUAUUUAGAUCUAGGUGGCUGCAACAGGCUAAAGAAUCUGCCGAGUGCGGUUUCUAAGUUGGGAUGCCUUAAAAAACUUGAUCUUUCCGGUUGCUUAAGUAUCACGGAGUUUCCAAAGGUUUCUAAUAAUAUAGAGUAGCUGUAUUUAAAUGGGACAGCAAUACGAGGGAUUCCCUCUUCAAUAGAAUGUUUGUUUUAUCUUGCUGAAUUGCACCUGCGAAACUGCAAACAAUUUGAGAUUCUUCCAAGCAGCAUCUGCAAGUUGAGAAAACUGGAGAGGCUUAAUCUCUCAGGUUGCCUCCAAUUUAGGGAUUUUCCAGAAGUUUUGGAGCCGAUGGUAUGUUUGAGAUAUCUCUAUCUAGAAGAGACAUGCAUAACAAAGUUGCCUUCACCGAUUGGAAAUCUGAUGGGACUUGCCUGCUUGGAAGUGGGAAACUGCAAAUAUCUAAAAGACAUCGCAUGUUUUGUUGACUUGCAAAUGAGAUGGGUGGAUUUAUAUUAUCUGCGUAAGCUAAAUCUAGAUGGUUGCCAUAUAUCGGUAGUGCCAGACAGUCUUGGUUGUCUAUCGUCACUGGAAGUGUUAGUUCUAAGUGGAAACAAUUUUAAGACUAUACCUAUAAGCAUCAAUAAAAUCUUGGAGUUGCAAUAUCUAGGAUUAAGGAAUUGCAAGAGACUUGAAUCAUUACCGGAGCUUCCACCACGGCUAUCAAAGUUGGAUGCAGACAAUUGCGAGAGUUUGAAUUAUCUAGAAUUAAGCUCAUCAAAUGUAGUUAAGGGGAACAUUUUUGAAUUCAUUUUCAUUAAUUGCUUGAGGUUGCAUAAGACCAAUGGAAUCUUGGAGUACUCAUUAUUGAAAUUUCAACUUUAUACCAAAAGGCUCCAUCAGCUGCCCAAUGUUCCAGAAGGGGCAUGUAGUUUCUGCCUCCCUAGAGGUGUCUCUCCGGAGUGGUUUAGCCAUCAAAGUUGGGGAACUACAGUAACAUACCAGCUGUCUUCACAUUGGGCUAAUAGCAAGUUCUUGGAUUUCUUUUUUUACGCUGUCAUUGCAUUUCAUUCUUUCAGUCAUAGUUUGCAAGUUAAAUGCACAUAUCACUUCAGCAAUGAGCACGGUGAUAGCCACGAUCUCUAUUGCUAUCUCCAUGGUUGGUAUGAUGAGAAGCGCAUUGACUCAGAUCACAUACUCGUGGGAUUUGAUCCCUGCCUGGUUGCCAAAGAAGAUUAUAUGUUUAGUGAAUACAGUGAGGUCUCAGUUGAAUUCCAACUAGAAGAUAUGAAUGGCAAUCUCUUACCAUUGGAUCUUUGUCAAGUAAACGAGUGUGAGGUCCGUCUACUGUAUAAUUAUAAGAUACAUUGCAUCGACAAUUAUUGUGAUGCAUUGGAAGCAAUGUUCCAAGCUACGAGAGCAAGGUUGCAUAGCAUGAGAUGGGAAGAUUAUUCUGUCAUGCGUAGGAUCUAUGAAUUCUUGGAGGAGCCCGAUUUUUCAAAAAGGGUAUCUAGUUUCUGCCUCACUGGAGAUGCGACUCCGAAGUGGUUUAGCCAUCAAAAUUGGAGCUCUACAGUAACAUUCCAGCUAUCUUCACAGUGGGCUAAUAGCGAGUUCUUGGGUUUCUCUCUUUGCGCUGUCAUUGCAUCUUAUUCUUUCAACUUUGAGUUGCAAGUCAAAUGCACAUAUCACUUCCGCAAUGAGCACGGUGAUAGCCAUGAUCUCUAUUGCUAUCUCCAUGGUUGGUAUGAUGAGAGGCGCAUCUGCUCAGAGCACAUAUUUGUGGGAUUUGAUCCCUGUCUGGUUGUCAAAGAAAAUGAUAUGCUGAGUAAAUACAGUGAGGUUUCAGUUGAAUUCCAACCGGAAGAUAUGAACGGUAUUCUCUUAGCAUCAGAUGUUUGUCAAGUACGCGAGUGUGGGGUUCGUCUACUGGAUGCCAAAGAUAAACAUGGAUUAGAAACAAGGUUGCAUAUAGAGCAAGGUCGCAAGUUGCCAGCCGUUAUAGCAAGGAUGCAAGCCCAAAGAGCAAGGUUGCAAGCCCGUAGAGCACCGAGAAGGUAUGUUUAA